AUGCAAAGAUCGCAGUCUGGCCUUGUGCUGAUGCAGAGGAAGGAACAGACUCGGUCCCGCGAGUUCCCAACAGAGAAUACGGAGGCAAUCGAGGCCCGUGGCUACCUUGCCAGGGAAUGCCAAGCGCUGGCACACAUCUUCUGUAGCAAGCUGAUGGUGCUCCUCGUCUUUGUGCCCUUGGGGCUGAGUGCAGGCAAGAUGGAGCUCAACAGCGCGUGGAUAUUCACCUUCAACUUCCUAGCCAUCGUGCCGCUAGCAGGAAUUCUGGGAGCUUCUACAGAAGCCAUGGCCUCGCACACAGGGCAGAUGAUCGGAGGCCUGCUAAAUGCGACGUUCGGCAAUGCGGUUGAGAUGAUCAUGUGCAUCCAGGCGGUAAAGGCUGGCCUCAUCCAGGUUGUCCAAGGCAACCUUUUGGGCUCGGUGCUGUCGAACAUCCUCCUGGUGCUUGGCAUGGCAAUCUUCGGUGCUGGGCUGAAGUUCCGAAACCGCCAGUUCAACGCUGUAGGCGCUGCGGCAAACAUGACAUGCCAGGUGGUCGCCUCGAUUUCGGUUUGCUUGCCAACGCUGUAUGGCGAGAUGGCGGGUGCAGGCAGCGAGCAGAUCUUGAUGAUCUCUCGGAUUUGCUCCGUCUGCCUUUGCAUCGUGUACUUUUUCUUCCUGUUCUUUCAACUCAUCACGCACGCGAACCUUUUCGUGGACGAGGAGGGCGAGGAGGAAGGUGAGGAAGCCACUCUUUCUAUAGCAGGCUCAGCGACGUUGCUGCUGCUUUGCACCCUCGUGGUGGCGGCCUGCUCGGAGGAGCUGGUGGACUCCAUCGAAGGUGUGUCAACGAACUUCGGUUUGCCGAAAGCGUUCAUCGGCGUGAUCCUGCUACCAAUUGUAGGCAACGCUGCCGAGCACGCCACAGCGGUCACGUCGGCUUACAAAGGAAAGUUGGACCUGGCGAUAGGAGUGGCCGUGGGCUCCUCCACACAGAUUGCCCUCUUUGUGGUGCCUGUGGCCGUUCUUGCCGGCUGGGCUUACGGCACGCCCAUGUCUCUGAACUUCCGACUCUUCGAUACCGCCUGUCAGAUGCUCAGCGUCUUCCUGGUCUCCCAGGUGCUGCAGCAUGGGAACACGAACUGGCUCCAUGGCGCCAUGCUUGUGACCACCUACUGUUUGAUUGCCAUCAUGACUUGGUUCAUUCCUGAGAGCACUUGA